AGGGACAGCUCUUCAGUGCUGCUGAGGAGAAUGGAUUUCAUGCUAGUUCCUGUCUGAUGCAGUGUCCUUUUCUGCUAUUUAAGCUCUGCUUCCACCAAAAAGAGGCAAUCGGUCCUGAAAUGGCCCCUGGCUGGGUUGUAGUCCUUCUGUUAGUGAGGAGCGCUGUCACACAGGAAGAAGCUUUCGUCCUGUCAAAAAGAUGCAUGAAGGACACCGGCACCUUUCUCUGGGAAAUUCAGCAGGACAAGCCAAAGGAAUAUGCUGUUUGGAUGUAUGAUUCAUUUGGAAAGAUGGGCAGUAAUGUUGAAGCAGGCAAUGUCAACCAGCCCGGCGCGCCGCAGCAGUGCCGCUCUGCGGUUGGGCCCACCUUUUCUGGGAAAUACUGCCAGGUGUUCUUGAGGCAGGGGGCUGUCCAGUACUUUGUGGGCAUUUGUGUUCCUGACUCCUGUGGAGAAGAAGAUGUUAAAACACUGGUGAUGCAAAGUAAACUUCAAAUUCAUGAAAAAUCCAUGGUUCCGCCUCUAUCACCGAUCCUCAACAAUCAGUCCGCCCAGGAGAUGAUCAUGACUCACUGUUCAUCUGACAGAAACGCUCCUGAUGCGUCUGAUAUCACCUGUCUAUUUGUGUGCUGCAUGAUGAUCGCUGUUCCUCUCGCUGCCACCUUGUUCACAGCACUACGAAAGAUGGAGCAAAGUAAUAAAGUCAACACUCCUGUGGACGUUUCCUCUUCAAACAGCCUCAACUUUUAUGGAACCAUGAUGACCAACGGCACCACUCACAGUGAGAUGAAUGGCAGAACAACAGAACAGAACUACAGCACCCCCUCUGUACUGUGUUUUCCUCAAAGUUGUGUUCACGGGUGCCUUCAGGCUUUUUCUCUGCAGACUACCAGCCAGAGCAUCUUCAACAGCUCCUCAUCCUCCACACAUGGAGGCUACUCCUCUCUGAAUGGCAUCCGUGUUCUCAGCCUGCUGUGGAUCAUAUGUGGCCAUUCUGCACAGUUUCCUGUCAUUAAUAACCUGGAUAACUACAAAACAUGGAGAAGAACAGUUGAAAGCAGUUCGGUUUAUGUCUUAACCAUCAGUGGACCUGUUUUUCUGGCUGUGGACUCAUUCUUACUGCUGGGCGGUCUGCUUAGUGCCAGGUCCCUGCUGAGCUCCAUUGACAAAGCUGAAGACAAGCUAAGUGCAAGUUUGGUUGCAAAAUAUCUCUUUAAAAGAAUAAAGAGGGUUCAGCCCCUGCAUGUGUUUACUAUGUGUCUAACCAUCAGCCUAAUCUCCCUGGUGCCGUGGGGACCUUACUGGUUCCCAUUCAUAGACACAAUGAUGGAUUGUAAGUCAUACUGGUGGGCAAAUUUACUGUUGAUCAGCAAUCUCAUCCCAGUUCAUGAUAUAUGCAUUCCGUGGACAUGGUAUCUAUCUCUAGACUUCCAGUGCUACACCACCACUCCUCUGCUAGUCUUCUUUUACAGACUCAACAAACGUGUGUUUGCAAUCGUGGCUGGAAGCCUUCUGCUGUUGACCACUGUGGCGAGUGCAGUUGUGACUGCGCUCCUCAGGCUUCCAGUCUUUCAACCAUCCACAAUGACUUCAGAAAACUAUGUUUUGUAUUAUUAUGUAAAACCCUACACUAGAUAUGGACCAUUCCUGAUAGGAAUCAUGACCGGAAUUCACCUGAGAACAAAGAAAAAACUGCUGUUGAGGCAAAAGUGGCAGGCAGCACUUGGUUGGUUCUGCUGCCUAUCAGUGAUGGCGCUGUUGGUGGGAUUGGCCUACAUUCUCAGGGAGACCCCAGCGUACCCCUCUUUGCCCCAUGCCCUGUAUCAGGCUUUGCAUAGACCGCUCUGGGCGCUGUGUGUCAGCUGGAUUAUUUUGGCCUGUGAGGAGGGGUAUGGAGGUUUUAUCACAAACCUGCUGUCUCUGAAAUUCUGGGUUCCUCUCUCCAACAUCAGCUUUGCCUGCUAUUUGGUACAUCCCAUUUUCAUCAUUCUUUACAGCGGCUUGCAGGAAACCCCAAUCCACUACACAGAUAUGAAUUUUAUGUAUCUGUUUUUUGGCCACCUUGUGCUGACGCUGGCUCUGAGCUAUGUCCUCUCUCUGUUGGUUGAGAAACCUUAUCUCCUCUUGAAAGGGGGGAACCUUUAGAGUGCUGCAUUUUGAUUUAGUCCUCCAAUCUAAUUCUUUUCCUUUCUUUCAUUAAAACCUGCUUUUGUAGACUGCAAA